AUGUCCAACAUGAUGAGGCUGUUGGAGAGGCAAGAGCGAGAAGAUGAAGAAAUCAGGCGCAGACGUGCUGAAAAAGAUCGUGAGGUCGAUGAAGAGGAGGAAGAAAUGGUUGUAGCAGUGUGUAUGCUCAAUGAAUCAAGAGGUGAUGACACUCGAAAGGGCUUUACAGAUCACUUACAUGAAACAUUGAGAACUCAAGGAAUCAUAACUUUCAGGGAUGAGCCUAAAAUUUCAAAGGGAAAAGCUAUUUCUGGAGAACUGAUUGCUGUGAUUGAAGGAUCAAGGUUUGCGCUCAUUGUCCUCUCAGAAAAUUAUGCAUCCUCAACAUGGUGCUUGGAUGAACUUCUACACAUUCUUAAAUUCAUGGAAGCAAGAGAAGCAGUGCUACCAAUUUUCUAUGAUGUUGAUCCAUCUGAUGUACGAAAAGAAACGGGGUAUUUUGAGAAAGCCUUUACACAACUGGAAGAAAGAUUUAGCUCGGAUGACAAAACGAAGGUGCACGAGUGGAGAGAAGCAUUAGCGAAAGUGGCAAAUUUCUCUGGGUGGAAGGCUAAGGACUGGUAUACAUUCACUUUUAUUAUUUUCCCAAGGAAAGUUUCUUAA